CAUGUUGAUUACAAGCUUUCGCGCCAAAAGUUGUCAAAGGAUCGUUCUCUAAACCCGCUCCAGUCCUUUAACCGUUUGGAACGCGCGCCACGAUGUAAACAUGGCUUCUAGCUGCGAUCCAAUAAAAGACAGGAAAAAACAAGAUAACAGCCAAUUAGUGAACUGUUUUAGGGCCGAAAUCAUCUUAAAGAGGAAAGAUGAUAACAGUGUACUUCUCUGGAAAUGCAGCAAUGAUAGUCAGUGGGAAUUACCGCGGUUUAUUCUAAAAGAAAAUGAAAGUUUUCGGGAAGGGAUUCACAGAUGGUCUUCAAGUCAUCUGGGUGGAGAUGUUCAGGUCAAUCUUCAUGGUGUAGCUGGCAUCAAGCAUUGCAUCAAUGACACAGGCAGAAUCAUGAUAUUAAUGCUUUACGUGUCUUGCUCUAAUUGUCAGAACCUCUUUUCAGAAACAGAUAAAGAAUCAGAAGAUCAUUCUGUUUGUAAACUUAGCAACUCAAACAAUCAGCUAGUAAGUGCCUGUGGAUCAACCUUUAAGUGGUUCUCCAAUUGUGAAGCUUGUAGUGAUGCUAUGAAAGGUGAUGUCUGUAACUGGGUGAAAAAGGCUGUGAGUCAAGAAUUGGUAGUUUUGGAAGUUUCAGAGGAGUUCAUUAGCCUUUCAGGUGCAAAAGAGGAAUCAACAGUCAACAGAUGUUAUGAAAAAACUGUUACAAACAAUGCAAAAGUUUCAAACAGCACAUGUCCUUCUGGAUUGCAGUAUCAUCCAAAACUGUGCAAAGUAUCUAUGGGCGAAAAUGUCUCUCUGGAGCAUGGCAGAGUAACAAGGGAACAGAAUUUAGGAGGCAUAAUUUUAAAUGACAGUAAAACUUCUCACAGACCUCAUAGGGACAGUUUUGGUUCUGCUAUGGAAAAAUUAGUGGAGUCAGCUCAUUUUGGAAAACUAGAAAAAGAAUUUCUUAAAACGAAAUUUGAGAAGUAUUGUAACAGAGAAAAUGUUGUUAAACUUGAGGGGUUUUCCUUGCUUAUGGAAGAACUUGGGAUGACAGAAGGAUACAAAGACUUGUUUAGAGCAUUUGACUUUAACCAUUGUAAUCAACUGACAUAUCAAGAAGUCCUCUUUGGAGUUGCAGCCAUGGAUCCUUCUACGCCUCAUGGGGGGCCAUCUGGGGAACUGCGAUGCAGAUAUAUUUUCAGGUUCUAUUCUGCUGAACAAGAAGCUUUUCUUUCCUUUGAAGAAUUCAAAUUAAUGAUAAAAGAUAUUCAGCAUUUGAAAGGAGGGAGUGUAAAAGACUCAGACAUUCUACAGGAAGCAAGGAACAAGGCCAAACUUUUUGGAUCCGGCUACACAGACAAACUCCCUUUGGUAGAGUUUUUAGAAACAGUGGGAAGCCUGAAGUUCCGUGGAACAUCUGUGCUGUUCCGUCUGCCUGUGUCAAUCAUCAAACUUGCUCAAGAUGAAAUGUAUCAAAGUCUAACUGAGGACAAAGGGGCACUGAUUACCAGAUCCAAGUCCCCAGUUAAAAAGAGACGGAGUAACGAAAUAAAUGAUACUAUGGACUUUCAAGGAAACGGCUUUCCAAUUGAAGCCGUUACAGAAAAGUACGAGCUUGCUACUCACACGGUUAAAGUACGUCGAAGUGGAAUGCUGAGUGACGUCAGUGUAUUGUGGGAUAUGAAUAACAGCAACAUGGUAACAGGAAGUGCUCAGAGUGAACUGGUGACUAGUAAACUCAAGAUAGAAAGGCUUCCGUCAAUCAACUGUUUUAACAAGCAAUCAGAUGCCAACCAAAUGCUGUCAGCCCUGAGGUACUUCGAGCGGGCGAUAAAAGUGACCCCCAACAGUAGUAAAUCAGGGGGGCCCAAGGAGAGCUUCAGCUGGGGGUUCGUGGAAAUGCCGUCCCUAGGGAACUGUCUGGUGUGCAUAUGUCGGACCCUACUGGAGAUUAUUCAGAAGGAGCCUCGACUAAUAAGAGUCAAGUCACCCACAUACAUCGUAGGUGAUCUUCACGGUAAUUUCCAUGACUUGGUCUGUUUUGAGAAGGUUUUGUGGCGUAUGGGCCCAGUUCUGACGCCUGCUAGUUUCAUGUUCCUUGGAGACUACGUUGAUCGAGGGGAGAAUGGAGUAGAGGUUGUUGCAUACUUGUUCGCCCAGAAAGUUCUCGCUCCAUCAAAGUUUUUCCUGAUUCGCGGUAACCACGAGACCAGAGACAUCCAGAAAAUGUUUACCUUUCACAGUGAAUGUAUACAAAAGUUUGGCGCUGAACUGGGCGAGGAGGUGUGGGAAGCAGUGAACGCCAUUUUUGAUGUUCUACCACUGGCUGCCAUUGUAGACAAUAAGAUCUUUUGUGUUCAUGGGGGUAUUCCGCUGCCCAGUCAAGGCGGUGGGCUUGUCUCUUCUAUCGACAACAUUCCCAGUGUUCUGUUCGAUCCGGAGAAGCAAAGUAGCUUGGCCUGGGAGCUUAUGUGGGGCGAUCCUUUACGGUCAGAGGACGUUAAUCCUGAAGUUGUGAAGGAACUGAAGAGAAACGAGGGGUUUGUUUUCAACCAGAGAAGAAGUACCGCUCAUUUGUUCAGCGCGGACGCCUUGGACGCCUUCUUGAAAAGGAAUCAACUCACCCACGUAAUCAGGGCGCAUGAAGUACAGCAAGCUGGUUUUCAGGUUCAACAGAACGGCAAACUGCUGACUGUGUUCUCGUCGUCGCAGUACUGCGGGGGUUCAAAUGAAGCGGCCUGCAUCCUGGCACAUCAAAACAAACUGCGCACAAUCCGACUGGAUACCACGUGACCAACAUUACACAGUUUGCAUAGGUACCCAAGUUCAAAGAAUAAUGGAUACUGCCCCGUCGUUGAGUUUUGAAUUGUUUGUGGGUUUUAUUUAAAGAAUAAUAUUCAAUAGAGUGAAUUAUUUAUCUAAAAGAAUAUUAUUGCAAAUGGUGUUUAAAUUAAGGUCGCAUUUUUAACGUCGUGUACCUCUUAAUUAUAGUUAAAGUUGUAAACUUUAUUAGGCACUGUAACGGCUGCCUAAAUGAUAAAAUCACUAUAUAGUCGUUUUUGUAACAUCCGAACUGAAGGAAACGUUAGAAAAUAACUUAGGUAUGAGAAUUUUACAAGAGCAAUGAUUAUCGACGGUUAAGAUUUGGACUGGAUACAAAUCGUGUUCUUGGUAUUAGACUGGAACUAGCUUGCAAUAGAGACUCAUGCUCAUUGCCUGAUUUCAAAGCGAAAAGGACUAGGUAAGAGUCUGUAAAUUAUGGGAUAAGCAACUAUUGAUCCACAUAGUCAGAAAGAGCACACCGAGAUUCACAAAAUCCCUAAGUUUGGUGUUAAUCAGGCUAGUUUUGACUGAGAUACAGCCAUUGAAAAACGUCAAAAUUAACAAAGAAAUGUUUGGUCAUCCGGACACACUCCGACACAGCGUCCGGAUGGCCAUACAUUUCUUUGUAAAUUUUGACAUUUUUAAAUGGCCGUAUCUUGCUUACUGUUGGGUCUAUUUACACUAAACCCGGGGAUUUUGUAAAGCUUGAUCUGCACUUUAUGACUAUGUGGAUCAAUAGUUGCUAAUCCCAUAAUUUACAGACUCGCACCUAGUCCUUUUCGGUUUGAAAUCAGGCAUUAGUUGCAGGCUAAUUCCAGUCCUAUACCGAGAGUACGAAUAUGGUCUUUUGCGAGGAAUUAGGAACAAUACAAUCAAAAUUGCCUUAUUUUUCCUCUCAGAAGUUUUGUUUGUAGUUAAAACCAGGACUUAAAACGCGUUUAGAGUGUGUAACCUUUUUAUGACAUUUGAGAUAGGUUUGUACUGAUUUUAAACUCUCUCACCGAAGCCAAUCGAAUCUGCACAUGCCCGUUGUUGUAGCACAGCUACAUUAUAACUCGACCUUUAUUUUGUCGGUGUUAUAUUAACGUUUCGUUGUAUCAUCAGUUUUACAAGUUGUAAACAUAAAAACUAAUUACUGCGUCCCUUCUCUACAACUCACCUCAGGACAAUGUCUAAAGAGAAAUAAUGACAUUCCCAGAGUUAGAGAUUUUGUGGAGGAAAACGCGGCAUUUAGAUGAAGUCUAAACCGAUUGGAACAUAGUUAAUAUAGGAAAAUGGUUAGGAGGGCCGGUAAACAUCAAAGAAGCAAACAAACAGGUUAAGAUUUACGUUGGAAGGCCCUUGACCCUGCAGGUCUUUUGUUUUAUGCUCAUUGACUAUGCAUGAAUUACAUAAUCGCAGUGCUUCUAUUGAUUAGUUGCAUGAGCACACGUAACCACCUUUUGUAUUUUGCCAGGUUUUGUGCAGGGUCAACCCCAAAAUAGCCAACAAAAAGAUACAACAAAGAACUUUGCCAAGUUUCCUAACCAUCUCCCUCAAUUAACUAUGUUGGAGCUACAACGUGAUUUAAGAAAACGUUCCUCAGUCUGAACAAGCUGAAGUUGCUUUUGAAUUAGUGAUGUUCUUUGUAGGUCACUAUUAUUAAAAAUAGAACGGGAUAGUUUAUUUUCAAAGUAACUCUAAGCGGCUCAAAUUCCGCAAUAAACCAAGUUUUUUUCCCAAA